ACAAUGUUAAAUGUCUGUUAACCUUUCACAUAUGUACCAAUUACUUCACCCUACAAUUAAACUCGUUGAUUGAAACUGAUUAUGAUACAAGAAAAAAUAAAACUAUAAUUGAUAUACGUUAUGAUGUAAAAUGUUUAAAUACCGGGAUUUAUAAUUUCAUAUCUGUUAUUAAAAAAACCAGCAUGCAUAAAGGAAAGUGCGUGUAUGAGAUAUAAAAUAUUUGAAGGACAAUGGAUAUUGCUUUAGCUCGACCACUUUCUGCACCAAAAUCUAAGACAGAAAAGUCACAGAAUGACAACCGAAGCCUUAUUAAAAGACCACAGACAGCAUCACCGUAUGUCAUGGCGGUCAAAUACAGAAAUAAGGCGAAGGUUGCCAGUCGGAAGACAAACCGUGCGAUCAUUACACGACGUCGGACUGGACGACGAAAGGCUUCAUUAAUUGACAGUGAAUAUGGAGGUUGUGAAUCGUCGUUCCAUACCUAUAAUACUUCAUUAACAGACUUAUUUGACGAGUUCAACGACGAUUUCGACUUUGAUGAGGAGGAAAAUGAAUCCAGAUCAGAUAAGGAUCCAGCAUCUUAUUGUGAGAACCAGUAUCGGCGGAUGUGUAAAAUGUUAAACAUUUCACCAGUGUCAUCCUUCAUCCGGGAACUGUCGAAAAAGAGAGUAUCAGUCAGGCAUCGUUCUCUCUGUCCAAAGGAUGCCAAAGCAAUGUCUGUUGCUCUUCUUGAGAAUCCAACAGUACAGAUCUUAGAUAUGACAGACAAUGAAAUAGGACCAAAAGGUGCUUUGUAUUUAGCUGAAAUGUUAACGGAUAACAGAAUCAUUACUGAUUUAAACUUAUCGGACAGUCAGAUUGGUAUUGAAGGUGCUAAACAUAUUGUGAAUAUUGCAGUAGAGGUUGAUAACUUUACCUCAUUGAAUCUCUCAGGAAAUGGUUUUCGUGAAUUUGAUGCAAUACACUUAACCAAACUGUUCGAGGAUACACAUAAUUUACUCCGACUAUCUUUAAGCCAUAAUGAAUUUCGUGAGUUUGGAGGGAAAGUCAUAGGCGAUGCAUUAAAAAUCAAUGACACAUUAGAAGAAUUAGAUCUCAGUUGGAAUCAUCUACGGUUUGAUGGUGCUGAUGCUAUUGCAGACGGAUUAGCAUUAAAUCAAGGUUUAAAGAAAUUAGACAUAUCAUGGAAUGGAUUUUCAAUGCGAGGUUGUGAAACUCUUGCCAAAGCUUUAGAAUUUAAUGAAUAUUUAAUUGAACUGAAUUUGGAAUGUAACAGAAUAAACAAAGAUGCUUUAGAGAAACUUUUAAAAGGAAUGAAAGCUAAUCAAACUUUAGAAGUGUUGAAGUUGGGCUGGAAUCCUAUCACGACAAAAGGUGCACAGAUGAUCCUAGAUUUUAUCAACGAUAAUCCUACCUCUGGGCUAAAGAAAGUCGAUAUUCGAACGCAGCUUGUAGAGAAAGAAUUUUCAGAGAAUGUGAAAAAAAUGAAAGAAGAUAAAGACAUAGUAUUUAUUCAUGGACCAAUUCGUGGAGAUCAUGGUUCUGGUGAAGAUGAUGACGAACUCUCCCUUAUAGACGAAAAUCCUAUAAUAGUGCUUAUGGAAUUUGGACAUAUGAAUGGUUUCCGGCUAACGGAUCUCUUUUCUGUUUUUGAUAAAGAUGGAAGUAAAUCUUUGGACUUGAGUGAAAUAAAAACGGGCUUGAUGAUGGCAGGGAUUCCUUUACAAGAACACUGUUUAGAAAAAUUAAUAGAUAAACUAGAUGAUGAUGACAGCGGGGAAAUAGAAUAUGCUGAAAUGAUGCAAGCGCAGAUGAUUCAUAGAAGACAAAAGGCUCAAAUGAUGAAGGAUAUAGCAGAUGGUUCGGUUGAUAUAGAAAAGACAGAGGUUGGUCGAGUAAGGGGUAAAUUACAUAAACUAAUGGCUAAACAUAUGGACGGAAAUCCUGCUUUCAAACGCCGCGUGGAUGAUUUUAAGAAGUUACUGGAAAGCUCUCAGAAAGAUGAAAGUCUUCGAAAAGAAAUGGAAAAGAAGGUAGCAAUGCGUAAAUCAUCUAAAGUUGAGCGGGAGAGAAAACAAGAAAUUACAAAGGCAACGGAAGAAGCACUGCAAGAUAUUAUUGAAGCGGACACAAUUGAAUCACAAAUGCACGUGGAUACAAAUAAACUGUCAAACUUAACACUUGAAAAAGUCGACAAAGAUCAUACAUCAUUAAAUAAUGGGACAAAUAAGACACCGCGGUCUAAUAAAAAUGAAAAUGAUUGGAUAGCUUUACAUGUUUAGUUCGACUGAUCUAAUUUAUAAUUGUGUUCUCGUUGGUGUUCAAACAUGUUACAGAUGUCAAGCUAAAUUAUUUUGUUGUAUUUUUUUAAUAAU